CUUUCCUCUCCGUUCCGCCCCACCCAAAGCCCGGCUUGGUCAAAGAAGAGGGGAAGGCGAGAGGACUAGCUAACCACGGUAUCAGAUCUCCCUUCGCCUAGAAGGGCCAUCCCCAGAUCCUCCUGCGAUGAAAAGGGUUUCUUCUUCUUUGACGCGAUCGCCACCGGGGAGAUCGUGAGGACAACGAGCGAGGAGAUCGUUCGACAAUCAGGUGCCCACGUCUCAUCUUUGGUCCACGAAUCGAAUCAGGAUAUCCUUUUGUUUGUCUCCUACACCGGGAAUAACCUGUUGGAUGCAUCAUAACCAUAUGCUUCUCCGCCUAUGAUGAAACGCUUUGUCUACAUCAAUGAUGAUUCUUCCCAGGAUCUAUACUGUGACAACCGGAUAUCUAACAGAAAGUAUACGUUAUGGAACUUUCUCCCUAAGAAUUUAUGGGAACAAUUCAGGCGGUUCAUGAAUCAAUACUUUCUGCUUAUUGCCUGCCUCCAGCUAUGGUCACUUAUUACUCCUGUGAAUCCUGCAAGUACUUGGGGUCCACUUAUCAUUAUCUUUGCUGUAUCUGCAACAAAAGAGGCAUGGGAUGACUAUAAUCGAUAUCUUUCAGACAAGCAAGCAAAUGAGAAGGAAGUAUGGGUUGUAAAGGAUGGUAUACGUAAACAUAUUCAAGCACAAGAUAUUCAUGUUGGUAAUAUAGUGUGGCUACGAGAGAACGAUGAAGUACCUUGUGAUCUUGUUUUAAUUGGAACAUCUGAACCACAAGGCAUCUGCUAUGUUGAGACUUCUGCUUUAGAUGGUGAGACUGAUCUAAAAACACGGGUUGUUCCAUCGGCUUGUAUUGGGCUAGCAUCGGAACAGUUGCAUAUAAUUAAGGGUGUUAUUGAGUGCCCGAAUCCUGAUAAAGACAUCAGAAGAUUUGAUGGAAAUAUGCGAUUGUUUCCUCCCUUUAUCGAUAAUGACUUGUGCCCACUAACUAUCAGUAACACACUUCUGCAGUCUUGCUAUUUAAGGAAUACAGAAUGGGCUUGUGGAGUUGCAGUCUAUACAGGCAAUGAAACUAAGUUGGGGAUGAGUAGGGGUGUACCGGAGCCAAAACUUACUGCUGUGGAUGCAAUGAUAGAUAAGCUGACUGGAGCUAUCUUUCUGUUCCAAGUUGUUGUUGUUAUUGUCCUGGGUUUUGCAGGGAAUAUUUGGAAGGACACUGAAGCUCGUAAGCAAUGGUACGUUAAGUAUCCAGAGGAUGGUCCAUGGUAUGAACUUCUGGUGAUUCCCCUACGUUUUGAACUUUUGUGUUCCAUCAUGAUACCUAUUUCUAUAAAGGUUUCUCUGGACCUAGUGAAAGGUAUAUAUGCGAAGUUCAUUGACUGGGAUGAGGAAAUGUAUGAUCAUGAUACUAGGACUCCUUCUCAUGCAGCUAACACAGCGAUAAGUGAAGAUCUUGGACAAGUUGAGUAUAUAUUGACUGACAAAACUGGGACGCUAACAGAGAAUAAGAUGAUCUUCAGAAGAUGUUGUAUAAAUGGUGUUUUCUAUGGAAAUGAAAGUGGAGAUGCUUUGAAAGAUGUCCAACUGUUGAAUGCUGUUGCCAAUAAUGUUGCUGAUGUAAUCAGAUUUGUCACAAUCAUGACAGUUUGCAAUACAGUUAUCCCUAUUAGAAGCAAGAGUGGAACCAUCUCAUAUAAAGCACAAUCACAAGAUGAAGAUGCACUUGUUAAUGCUGCUGCUCGAUUGCAUAUGGUGCUAAUCAGCAAAAAUGGCAGUAGUCUUGAGAUAAAUUUAAAUGGAUCACUAAUCCAGUAUGAGAUACUAGAUAUUCUGGAGUUUACUUCUGAUCGUAAAAGAAUGUCAGUGGUUGUUAAAGACUGUCAAGAUGGAAAGAUCCUCCUCUUAUCCAAAGGCGCUGAUGAAGCGAUUCUGCCUUGUGCCUAUGCUGGGCAGCAAAUAAGACCCUUUGUUGAUGCUGUGGAGCAAUAUGCUCAAUUGGGUUUGCGUACUCUAUGCUUGGGCUGGCGUGAGUUAAAAGAUGAUGAGUACAAUGAAUGGUCACAUGCAUUUAAGCAGGCGAGAAGUACAUUAGUCGAUAGGGAGUGGAAGCUGGCUGAGGUUUGCCAAAUAUUAGAGCAUGACCUUGAGAUUAUUGGUGUUACUGCUAUUGAAGACCGGCUUCAGGAUGGUGUACCAGAAACUAUUGAAACACUAAGGCAGGCAGGAAUCAACUUUUGGAUGUUAACUGGUGACAAACAAAAUACAGCCAUCCAAAUCGCUCUUCUUUGCAACUUCAUUUCUUCAGAACCCAAAGGACAACUUCUGUUUAUCAAUGGUAAAACUGAAGAUGAAGUACUCAGAAGCUUAGAGAGAGUGCUACUCACAAUGAGGAUAACCUCUUCAGAGCCUAAGGAUUUGGCAUUUGUUGUGGAUGGUUGGGCCCUUGAAAUAAUUUUGAAACAAUAUAGAGCUGUGUUCACCGAGUUGGCAAUCCUCUCGAGAACUGCGAUCUGCUGUCGUGUGACACCUUCCCAAAAGGCUCAGCUUGUCGAGCUUCUAAAGUCAUGUGAUUACCGAACUUUGGCAAUUGGCGAUGGUGGAAAUGAUGUCAGGAUGAUACAGCAGGCUGAUAUUGGUGUUGGGAUUAGUGGACGGGAAGGCUUGCAAGCUGCAAGGGCAGCUGACUAUAGCAUCGGAAAAUUCCGGUUCCUUAAAAGGUUGAUUCUUGUUCAUGGGCGCUAUUCUUACAACCGAACAGCUUUUCUCUCACAAUACUCCUUUUACAAGUCAUUGCUGAUAUGUUUUAUACAGAUAUUUUUUUCUUUCUUUUCAGGUGUUUCUGGAACCAGCUUAUUUAAUUCCAUUAGUUUGAUGGCUUAUAACGUCUUCUACACUAGUAUACCUGUUUUAACAGUUGUCCUAGACAAGGACCUUAGUGAGAAAACAGUGAUGCAGAACCCACAGAUUUUAUUAUAUUGUCAAGCUGGAAGGCUCUUAAACCCGAGCACAUUUGCUGGAUGGUUUGGUCGUUCAUUAUAUCAUGCAUUAGUUGUUUUCUUAAUAACUGUGCACGCAUAUGCUGAUGAGAAAAGUGAGAUGGAAGAGCUGUCAAUGGUCGCACUCUCUGGAUGUAUUUGGUUGCAGGCCUUUGUCGUGACAAUUGAGAUGAAUUCCUUCACAACCUUGCAACACCUUGCUAUCUGGGGUAAUUUUGCGGCUUUCUAUUUCAUCAACUCUGUAGUCAGUACCAUACCAUCAGCAGGAAUGUACACCAUCAUGUUUCGCCUCUGUAGACAGCCGUCGUACUGGAUAACUGUGGUUCUUAUUGUUGCAGUAGGAAUGGGUCCAGUGCUAGCCCUCAAGUACUUCAGAUAUACAUACAGAUCAAGUGCCAUUAAUAUACUUCAGCAGGCGGAGCGAUCUCGUGGACCCAUCUUCUCAAUGGGGGGCCUUGAGUCCCAGCUCAAGUCCCUAGAGAAGGAUGUUGCUUCAUUGUCGACAUCCCAGAGUAAAUUCAGGAACAGUGUUUAUGAGCCCCUGCUAUCAGCAUCUGACCCUCCAACAUCUACCAGAAGGUCCAUAGGACCUGCAACAUUUGAUUUCUUACAACCAGCGCAAUCCAGGCUGUCCUCAUCUUACUCAAGAAAUUGCAAAGAUAAUUGAUUUUUUUUUUGUCAUUUUUUCAGUACACAAAGAAAUGUGAAAUUUCUGCUGUGAAAAGAACUUGAAAGAAGGAAUUUCCUAUAGAAAGUUCGAUAUGGAAUUUUUGGACUGUUGUCAAAAUGUACCUACCGGAUACAGAAUCAAGAAUGCUUAGGCCUAACAUAAGUGUUUUAUGCUCGUUGAGAAACUCAAUGCUGAAGGACAUGCCAAAAUAAAAUGCAUAUUCCAUAAGUUACCUAAA